CACCCCCUCUUUCAUCUCCUUUAUGUACUUCUCUCUUUUUCUCUUUAUGCAAGAGUACAUACACAUGACAGACAGACAGACAGACAGACAGAUAUGUUGGAUUCUGUCAUCAGGAGUAAACAAACUCUGAAUGGCAGGUAAUUUAGUGCACAUGAGCAAACAGAAUUUGUCUGACAGCUGGUCACAAGUUUUCCCACGCCCUGGGCGGUGCCAGUUUAAGUUCAGUGACAGAUGACUAGUUAGUGUGAUGAACUCUGAAUACAUAAAUGUCCUCAUUGAUGCAUAACAGUCAGAAGGAGCAUUUUUACAAAGUCCUAGUCAUCGGUGAUUUGGGAGUGGGAAAGACCAGCAUCAUCAAAUGCUAUAAGCAUCAGACGUACUCCACUAACUACAGAGCGACCAUCGGAGUGGAUUUUGCGCUCAAAGUUCUCAACUGGGACUCAGAGACGGUCUGGCUGCAGCUGUGGGACAUCGCAGGUCAGGAGCGGUUCGGGAACAUGACAAGGGUUUAUUACCGGGAGGCCAUGGGGGCGUUCAUUGUUUUUGAUGUUACCAGACCCACCACGUUUGAGGCUGUCUCCAAAUGGAAGGAGGAUCUGGACUCAAAAUUAAUACUUUCAAAUGGCCAGAGUAUAGCCAUAGUGCUCUUGGCCAAUAAGUCAGACCAAAAUAGAGACUUUCUGUCUAACAACAGCCUGAAGAUGGACCAAUACUGCAAGGAGAAUGGAUUUGUGGGCUGGUUUGAGACAUCUGCUAAGGAAAACAUCAACAUUAAUGAAGCUGCCAACUUCCUUGUGAAACACAUAAUUGCCAGCGAGAAUGAUAUCUUGAAAUCAGUGGUUCCAGAUACCAUUUCUCCUCAGCUCAACUCAGAUAAAGAACUGGGCCCGGUUCACCGAUAA